AUGCCUUCUGUAAAGCUACACCCUCGCCCCUCGUUACCAGGCAAUAAAGCGACUGCCACCGCCCCGUCCACACCCGCCCCCAAUCCCCUCCCAACGCUGCUCCAAACACCCUCCGGUCUUGCCAUCCUCGAGCUUCAGGGCACCAUCAAUGUUCCGGGAACUGAAGACGAGGACAUGGAAGGCACUCCUACCAAUAUUGACCCCGCUUCUGCCUUUGAAACACCGAUCGGAAAGCUCAUGUUCCCGGACUACUCGACCCUCAACCCGGACGACACAAAAUGGAUGAAGCGCGCUUAUCUGUAUGUCGGCCGGUACCAACGGAUGACCGGAGAAGUGAAGAAGCUACCACUUCCGCUUGCUGUGGUGCAGAAACACCCUUCGGAAGCUGAGGAACUGGAAGUCGUGGAAAUUGUGCGCUACAAGAUCUUCUUCAAGAGUCGGCCUGAGCCUGUGAAUAAUGUCUGA